AUGAAUUAAGCAAAAAAAAUUCCUUCCACUUUUUCUCAUUAUAUAAAAUUAGGGCUCACAUUUCAUUUCAAAAACAUAACAACCUUCAUCUUCACAAUGGCUAGAGAGCCUCAUCAAAAAGCAAACUAUGAUUAUAUGGAAGAACAGGAAAAUGAUUCAGGGUAUAUAUUUAAACCCAGAGCAUUUAACAUUGUAUGGGGAAAUGACAAACGUUGUUGGCGCAUGGCUAAGCCUAUUGGCUCAUCUACGUCAAGGUGCCACUUUUAUUUGUUGGUUUUUUUGGAUGGAUAUUUAACUGAUAAGAUUUUCCUUUUUCAUUAUUAUAGCAAAAAUGAGGAGGAAUGUGCAGAGCUGGUUCAGGUGUCGUGGCUGGAAGUAACCGGUGUAACCCCCAGACUUCAUGCAUCCACAACAUAUCAAAUCACCUUCCAACUGAGCCUCGAAAAGGGUGCAUCUGGUUGGACUGGGGCGCCGGUAUUCCUGAUGGCUAAGGUGGGGAAGAAAGGCAAGUACAAGUGGAAAAAGCUGGAGGUGGAGAAGCUGACUAGGGACCCCACUGAUUUUCCAAGUGUGAGAGACCCAUUUGGUGUGGAAAUUGCUGAUGAACAACUAGACAAAAGGCUUUAUUUUGGUUUGUAUGAAGUGUGGAGUGGCAGAUGGAAGAAAGGCUUGAAAGUUUAUAAAGCCACUGUCAAACAAAUCAAGAAGUGAACCAAAUCCAGGCUUUGAUUUCAUGAUGUUUAUAUAUAUAUAUAUAAUGAAGAAGUUGGUGCUUUUUUAUUUCUAUUAAAUAAAGGGGUAGGUAGAAAUUAUCUAAA